UCUUGUCCCUCAAGCAAGUUGUGUAAGCAGGCUGGACGUAAUGACCGUCACUUCUUAAGUCAGUGCACUUACCUAACUGCUGAAGACCGCGCUUUCCUCGCCAAAGCACGCCUUACAAGUUGCCUCGAUGACGAAGAUGACCCCACCGAUUCUGAUUUCUUCUGUUCACCUGUUGUGGAGGACUUCGCUUCUUCUCCCCAUUCCUUGGCCAGGGUUGUGUCUCGCCGCGUGAGCACAAAGCAGUCCCCCCAUUUCAAUGCCUUCUUUCAUCACCACUCGCUUAAAGUCACCUUGGACGCUGGUGCCGAAAACAGCAUGAUCAAGGCCUCCGUCGCUCGUAGCAUCGACGCUCCCAUCGUAAAAACUUCCCAGCAGGCCCUACAAGCAGAUGGAGUUACGCCUCUCGUUGUUGUUGGCGAGACCCACCUCACUCUUUCUAGAGCUGGCAAGUGCCUGACUCUUGAUGCCCUCGUAGUGGAAGACUUAGACGAUGUUUUAGCUGGAACCCCAUUUAUGAUCACUAAUGACAUAUUCGUUCGCCCAGCAAAGGGACAGGCUCCAAGGCUCCGAAAUACUGGCCUACCAUUCCGAGUUAAGUGCCAGUUCCCAGGCUUACGCCGUCCGUCGCACCCAGUCUUAUGUGUUAGGCUAGUCCUCCCCUACAACAGUGGUCCUCCCUGGGGAAUAUCUUGAGCUGAGCCUACCACCUAACAUAGAUCCUGAUUGUACCUUAGCCAUAGAAGCCCGUACCGAUGCACCAUCCAACAAAUACUCCAAAGGUUCACAACUUUGGCCUCAGCCCCAAAUUGUGGACGCAGUAGCUAGUAGAGUUCGUUUAGUCAACGACACUGUUGAGCCAAGGACAGUCCGUCGCCACGGACAUCUCUGCCAAGCUCGACACACCACAGCUGUGGUUCCCACUUCACCUGUCGGACCACACCCA